AAGCAAACCAAUAAUAAUAGUAACGCUCGCAUUUCGCCUCCUUUUUCAGUAGCCAACUCCUAGUUACUGCUCUUCCACUUUCGCUCUUCUCCAGAUCUGAUCUCAAAAGAAAAUUUCAGGCAAUUUCAGAACGCUAAGCCUAGAUCUUUUCUUCGCACUUCAAAAGCCUGUGUGAUAUUCUUUUCUUUUUUUUUUACUUCAUUUCCAGUAAGAUGGAAAAGAUGGGUCGUGGAGUUAGCAGUGGUGGUGGGCAGAGCUCAUUGGGCUAUCUGUUUGGGAGUGGAGAAGCUCCAAAACCAGUUACAAACAAAUCCGAAGCUGCUCCAAUUGAAGCACAGGAUGUGUCCAAACCUGCUCCUGCUCCUGAACAAGUUGCCAAGCAAAUUCCUGCGGGUAUUAACAGUACGCGUGCUGAUGGUCAGAACACUGGCAAUUUCAUUACGGAUCGACCAUCCACCAAGAUUCAUGCUGCCCCUGGAGGUGGAUCUUCUCUGGAUUACCUUUUCGGUGGGGGAGCUGGUGGUAGCAAAUGAGAUCGAAUGACUUAAUAUAUCUUGAUAAUGGUAGUAUUUUGGUUGUUGAUUCUUAGGGAAGCCAUAGAUUCCAGAUGUUGCUGUUUUCAGAUAUUAUCACAUUAAGCAAUGGAAACUUGCCGUCAUGUAGUGUAAUAUUACAGAUCUUGUGGCUAUUGUUGGUUUAUUCGAAGAAGUCUCCAGAUAGAUGCGAAAACGUGUAUUGCAGAACUCAGUUACUAUAAAAAGCAGUGUUAUAUAUUUCAUCUGCAUGGUUCUGUUA